AACACUUUACAACUGGAUUCUUUGACAGAAAAUUGUUGAUUGAAGUGGAAUUUAUCUACAGAGUCACUUUGAUCAUCCUUAUAAAGUCCUAAGAUGAUGGUCUGCAAACAAAACAGGUUAUGAGAAUAAAAGACUAAUGUUGGUGUAUUUAUGAGUUUUCAAAGACUAAUUCUGAUUUAAAUGUAUAUGCAAAGUUUUAUAGGGGCCUGUUGCUAAAAAAGUUACUGAAAAAGCUCUAUGAAAUGAAUACAAAGUCCAAGCUGUUCCAAAAGGAGGAAUGUUCUAAACUCCUGCAAGCUGAUGUGGAGGUUCCGAACAAAAGUUCUUAUGUAUCUAUUUGACUUAUUUAUUACAGAUUUAAAAAAAAUGAAGUUUUAUCUGAAAAAUUAGGAUACAUUUUUAAAGUAUUGUGUCUGUAUAAAAUUUCAUCAAAAUGUUUCUUUUUCUUUUCAAAGAAAAAAGAAAACCAAUAAGCAUAAAUAUUUCUAGGAAAUACUUUUACACUGAAUAUUUUGCAUUCACAGUAAACAACUCGAUUAACGUGGAAAAAAAGCUUUUUUUUAAUUUGUCUAACUGGCACACAGUUUCCCCAAAUCUUUUAUUCGCCAGCUUAUUAUUUAUUCGAGUCUCAGACACAUGCUCCCUGGUGCGGUUAAUCUUGUGAAGUUCUGUUUUGCAGACAACUGGGCUGGAGUUGGAAUAAAAUCUGCUGAUCUGUUUGAUCGAGAGCAAAGUCCCUUCAGUUGAAUUCCACCAAGCUAUAUAAAGCCGGACCCUGCUUUGGAUCACAAGCCUCGCAGCAGCAGCAGCAGCAGCAGCAGCAGCAGCAGCAGCAGCAGCAGCCUCAAGUGGCCGAACAACAAGAUGCUGAACAUCACUGAGCUUCCUCUGCAUGUCUUGCAGCCCUCGCGGGCUUCAGACCGUCUCCUGCAGCCCCUCUGGGACUACCUCCUUUUUCAUCACAUGCCUCUCAUCUCUUCUCCUUUUUUCAUCGUCAUCCUUGCGUUUUCCAGCUACCUGAUCUUCAGUGUACCUUUUGCAAUUCUAGACCUAUUGGGAGAGAGAGUGCCUUUAUUUCACCAGUACAAGAUCCAGCCAGAGAGACAGCCAACCAUGGGAAUGAUGGCUAAGAGCUUCCUAACAGCUCUGUAUAACCACAUCUUCUUUGUUUUACCAGCUGUCUCAAUUGGCAUGUUCAUACUGCCCAUACCAGCACUGCCACAAGACGCUCCUACAAUAUAUGAGCUUUUUGUCGACGCACUGGCCGCACUUCUCCUCUUUGACACUCAAUACUACAUUUGGCACUACAUACACCAUAAGCAACCACAGCUUUAUCGGUGGAUUCACGCGGUGCACCACGAAUACAUGGCGCCGUUCUCCUGGUCCACAGAGCAGCUCAGCAUCCCAGAACUGAUGGCAGUGGGGUUCUGGAGCAACCUGGACCCCCUCCUUCUAAAGUGCCAUCCUCUCACCAUAUGGUUCAUGACCGUCUUCAGCAUCUGGAUGUCGGUGGAGGACCACAUUGGCUACGACCUGCCAUGGACCCUGAACCGUGUGGUGCCUUUUGGUCUGCUGGGUGGCGCACCAGCUCACGACAUGCAUCAUCAGAAGCCCAGCAGCAACUUCGCUCCGUUUUUCAGCCACUGGGACAGAAUCUUUGGCACAGCCGUCACUUUGAAGAAAAAAAAAUUGUAAGAAAAUGACUAAAAAGUCAAAAGAGUACAUAUGUAAAUACUAUUUUUGUUGUUGUUUAUAGUUUUUUGUGCUUUUAUGUUUACAAAGGACAGUUAACUGAUGUGAGUGGCUAUAACUUUCAGCCUUAUGUAUCUUGCCUUCUGUUGUCCAACCAGAUAACCUUGUAAUAUACAACAUUUGUAUUUUUCUAAUGUCAUAAAUCCAUGUUUAUAAACUGAUGAUUGAUGAAAACCUAGUUCUAUAGAAUUAUUAUGUUUUGUGCUGCCAAAGUUUCAGUCCUAUAUUUUAUUUUUUAAAAUAGGAUAACAUGCAUUUAUCUGAUUUAUUGUCAUCUAAUUUGAAGGUCAACAAUUUUUGUAAAUAAAGAUAAUAUAAAUAUGGACAACAUUUGUAUCACUGUUUUUUGGGGGCUUUUUAAUAUGCACACAGACAAAUAAAACAAUUUCUUUUUUAAUAAAAUCUUUAUAUUAAGGGGUUAUUCAACAUGAGUCCCUGAAACUUAAAUAAAUGUAACUUAAAAGGAAAAUAAAGCCUCAAUUACAAAUAAUUGGUCAAAAACAGCAACGAAGACGCUGCAAAUGAAGCACUUGAUUAUGGUUAAAGCUGUAAUUAAUUAAUAAUUAAACAUGUUCAUUGGAUGCAAAGCGCAGAUGCAGAUUUUUCAAUUCACUUUGAUUUUAUUUAUUAAGUCGAGUUACACAACACAGUUAUCUCAACGGGCUUUACACAGGUAUUUGUCCAAAAACAUAAAAUCAAUCAUAAAAUAUAAACAAUAGCUGAUUGCUAAACUAAACAGAUUAAACUAAACUGGGCAUCCCAUCCCUUACACCCUUCUCAGGAAGGAAAAACUCCAAAAAAAAAUAAAAAUAAAUAAAAUAAAUCAAUUCAUGCUGUUUCAAAUAAGUAAUCUAGUCACUAGAUUGCUCAUUUGAAACAGUAAACUAGAUUCUAGUGGUUUUGUGGAAAACAAAAAAUAGUUUAGUCCCUUCUACCAAAUUACAUUAAGUACAUUAAGUAUUCUAUGUAGUAAUUACAUGGUACUUUUUUAUUGUUCCUAUGAAGCACACUAUAACUGAACAUGUACAUUC